AUGGCUUCUCUUUUGAUGCAACAAGGAGUGGUGAGCGGAGUGGUGAGCGGAGGAGAGAGAAGGAGAAAAGCCAUGGAGGAGAGGAGUAGUCCGAGGAGGGGAGAGUUGGAGAGGAGGGAGGGUGAAGAAGACGAGCCUCCGCUGGAUUUCUUGAGCGAAGAGGAGGAAGAGAGAGAAUUCCCUGUGGUUGGCCAGUGCAGCUGCCGAGAGCAGUUGCGUUCUUCUUGCGCAUGGCUCGUGAGGUCCACAGCAGUCAACCGGAGGAAGCCGCCAAGGGAGGAAGCCCUGGGAAUGGCGGUUUGUGGUGCGGAGGGCGGCGUGGCACGUGCGGCCAGCCCGGCUUCGUUCCCUCCCUGGGCGUCACUGUUUAGUGCUGCUUUUCCCGUUCACCCUUUUUCUUGGCACAUGCGACAUGGCUCCUGCUUCUUUCAUAUUUCCAACCUGAAAUUGUAA